UGAGCCAUUGCUUUUUCUCAUGUUUGUCAUGCAGAUCCUCUCGCAGGCCAAUCAGAGCCAGGCCCAGCAGCUAGCUCCUCCCUCCUCAGCCUCAUCCUCACAGAUCCCCCCUUCUCCCUCUCUACCCCCCCAUUCUGGUCCGAGUCCAGCCCAGUUCAUCCUCCACAGCUCCAAAACUCCCCCCCCUCUCCUUCACCCCUCCAUGGGUGGUGGGUGUGCACAGACCCCGCCCUCCAUCAUGCCUGGGGGGCUGUCCGGCCUCACUGGGAGCUUUAGAGACACUGGCUGGGACCUUGAGAGUAAAGACCCUGAUAAGUACCUGAAGAAGCUGCAUACCCAGGAGCGGGCAGUGGAGGAAGUGAAGCUGGCCAUCAAACCUUACUAUCAGCGCAAAGACAUCAACAAGGACGAAUACAAAGACAUCCUCAGGAAAGCAGUGCAUAAGGUCAGCCCAGCACACACACUGAGCGACACAAAGUGCAGCAGAACACUUCAAUGCAACCUCAAUGCAUGUUUUGCUUAAUUUUGUUCGAAUAGGGUUAUGUUAGUAAAUGAAGUUGUAAGUAAUGCGUAAAAACUAAGGCUGGGCAAGUCAACGCGUUAAUAUCGCAUUCAUUAAUUAACACCAAACACAGGCAU